AUGCGUUCAACCUUUCUUCUUAUAGCUCUAAUUUGUCUUUUUACUGUGAAUGGCCAAAAUUGUCCCUUCAGCUACAACUACCAAGGGGAUUUCGAUCUUUGUUUAAGUCGAGAGCGCUAUUCGGAUGGUUGUGUUGUUUUGGACACGUCGACACAUUGGUGGAGAAACACUGCUUGCGAUGAUCCGGGAUCGGGUGGAGGAGCCUAUUUCUGUGGGCAUAUGGUGACCACUAAACACACGACUCAACAGCCAGACACGACCAAAUCACCGCCAAACCUGAACUGUUUACCAGAUCUUUGCUGUCCGACACGCUGUAAAUAUUUUGCUCACGAUGGUGGGCAAUCAUUGUAUUUGGUUGGAGGAUAUAGUGAUUCAAAUGAAACGUGGUGGUGGACGGAUGGGACAACUUUUGAUUAUCAACGCGGUGGCUGUGACUUUCAUAUCAUUAGUGGAUCAGAGCAGCUUCUUUAUAUACGAAACGGAGUCGGCUCGAUUGAUGAGUGCUCAACUUAUUGUCCAGAAAUGGGAUUAUGGUUGAUGAGACAUCGACAAUCAGAUCCAAGCACGCCGUAUCUCGUUUGCAAGAGA